UGCAAAGCUCAACUUUAACAAAAAAUACUUGUGUGACCCUUUAUUUGUGGGUUGGUGAGCCAUUGGCUCACCAUGAGUUCAAUCUGGGUGAAUCAAGUUCUAGGUGGGUCGGGUCAAAAAUCAACCUGUAUUGAAAUUUGUAAGAAAAUUUCAACCUAACUCUCAGACUCGAACCCGUAAUGAACCAAAUUGAUUUGCGAGUUCCAACCUAUUUUGACGGUUGUAGUUUAUAAUAUACUUCUAGUUAAGCCAUUUUUUAUAGAAAUAAAAAUUAAAACUUACUAAUAUUAUAGGUUAAAAACACCUUAACAGGAGGUACUUUUUCAUCAAGCAAAAGUGCUAUUGAAGCAAGCUUAAUCAGGUUCAUCACUCGCUAAAGUAUCAGAAGUCUACAACCUUUGGCACCAUGUGACAGGUUUCUUGGUUUCUACUUUCUUGUCCCCUGUGCUCGUGCUUAAAACUAAUCAUGCUAAUCUUGUCUCUUUCUCAUCUGAUACUUAACGUUCCUUUCCUGAAAUCAAAUGUCCAUGGCAAAGGAUCGAAGUUCUAUAUUCAGUUUUCAGUAUUUCUGUUACGUUGUCAUAAUCCUUUCCAUAAUCUCCAUAAUCUUAUCUCUCUCUUGGAGCCACUGUUGCAGCCAGUGUCAUUCACCAUACCAAGUAAUUGCACAAAAGCAGAACAAACCAAUCAACCUCCUUUCAUAUCCCUUAGCAUGGAACCACCUUGUGUUCUCUUCAGAGCCACCUUCAAAGUUUCUUAAGAUCGCACUUUUUGUCAGGAAAUGGCCACACCAGUCUCGUGCAGGUGGGCUUGAACGCCACGCUCUCACGCUCCACCUUGCCCUUGCUAAAAGAGGCCAUGAUCUUCACGUAUUCACCACUUCCACAGACUCUUCUCCAACCAACUAUUCCAACAACAACUUACACUUUCACUUCUCCAAACCUACACCAGGUGGUUACCUCGACCAAGCUUCAGUUUGGGAGCAGUUUCAAGCACAAAACUCAUCUGGUAAACCGUUUGACGUUGUCCACACGGAGAGUGUGGGACUUAGGUACACAAGAUCUCGAUAUGUUAGUAAUUUGGCGGUCACUUGGCAUGGGAUUGCAUACGAGACGUUUCAUUCUGACAUCAUUCAAGAACUGCUCAGAACACCCCAGGAGCCUCAGACAAAGGCUUUGUCUGAAAGAGCUGCAAAGGUUGUCGAAGAGGUUAAGUUCUUCCCGAAUUAUGCUCAUCACGUUGCCACUAGUGAUCAUGCAGGUGAUAUCCUAAAGAGGGUCUACAUGAUUCCGGAAGAAAGGGUCCAUAUUAUUCUGAAUGGCGUGGACCAACAGGUUUUCAGAUCAGAUGUUUCAAAGGGGAAUGAAUUCAAGAAGAGGCACGGAAUUCUUGAUUCAAAGUCAUUAGUGAUAGGACUGGCUGGGAGGUUAGUCAAGGACAAGGGGCACCCUUUGAUGUUUGAAGCUUUGAAGCAGAUAAUUGCAGAAAACAGCACUUUCCAAGAGAGUAGCAUGGUUGUGGUUGCAGGAGAUGGUCCUUGGGGUGGAAGAUACAGAGAUCUUGGGGCAAAUAUAUUGGUUUUGGGACCUUUGGAACAAGUUGAAUUGGCAUGUUUCUAUAAUGCUAUUGACGUUUUUGUAAACCCCACUUUAAGAGCACAAGGUUUGGAUCACACUUUGCUAGAAGCUAUGCUGAGUGGGAAGCCAGUGAUGGCUACUAGGCUUGCAAGCAUUGCAGGUUCUGUGAUUGUAGGCAACGAAAUGGGUUACACAUUUUCACCAACGGUGAGUGAUCUGAAGAGGGCUAUAUAUGAGUUAUGGAUCAGUGGAAGAGAUGUUCUGAACAAGAAAGGUAAGGUUGCCAUGCAAAGAGGUUUGCAACUGUUCACCGCCACAAAGAUGGUGGCUGCUUAUGAGAGACUUUUUCUUUGCAUAUCUGGUGCAAUGCAUGAGGACCAUUUCUGUGAAUACCAACCAUGAGGUUACUAAAUUAGUAUCAAAAUGUUGGAGAAAAAAACAAAAGGAGAAGCUUGUUGCUACAGAUGAGUGUUUUUGUGAAGUCAAAGAAAAUAAUCAUUAACUACUAAGCUACCACCGUCCUCGCACAUGCUUACAUGAUAUCUUAAUUCUUAAGGCAGUUUCAUAGUUAAGCCUAGGCGACAAGCGUUUCCUUAGGUCACAAGUAACUGCGACAACGAAAGUCUACUACCUUUCGUAAUGCUGAUCCUUGCACGGUACCCUAUCUAAGCACAUUGCCACAACUUGUGAAACACAACGCUAUCAUUGCAUCUAAAAUUUUAUGCAAUCUAUUCUAAAUAACAUCUCUCACCAGGAGGACUCCACAGUAACAUACUGUGUAUUUACCCCCAUUUCUGUUUUAAAAACUUCAAAUUAUAUGGACCAAGUCUUGAUAUUUCUUUUCUAGAUUCUGAUUGAUGAAUGUGAUCGAAAUGUACUUUAUACUAUCAUUAGUACUUAUUAUUAUUAAUAUGUAUUUUGGAGAAUUUGAAAAAUCGAACAAAAUAUAGUAAUGCCAUAAAAGAGCUUGG